AUGCUGCCCUCGAUCUUGAUACUAGGAGCACGCUUGGCAGACACGCUGGCAGUCACAUAUGGCUUGAAGCGCAAUCCUUACCUCAAAGACGCCAUCAUGAAGCGCAACUCGCCCCAGAUCCCAGACGGAAACGGUAAUUUCCAUGAGGAAGCUGCUCAUGAAAAGGUCGUCGUCUUCCUGCUUGGUUUGAAACUGAAUCAUCCCUUGGGAAUUUUUUCACACAACGCGAAAACACUGGUGGAUUAUGUCGCCAAGUUUGAAAAAGAACUUGAGACUAAGGCCCCCGAAGGAGGAUACUACGGAGGGACAAACUGGACGAACCAAGAACAAAACGGAGCCACGGAGGCAGUGUUGAUCUCAUACUGGCGGUCGAUCGAGGAUAUCCAUGAAUUCGCUUACGGGCCCACGCACCGCGAAGCGUGGGAUUGGUGGAACAGAACUGUCGCCGAGAACGACCAUAUCGGGAUUAAUCACGAAAUUUUCGGGGUUGACCAGAAGCAAUGGGAGGGGAUCUACAUUAACUUUCAGCCUACUUUACUCGGUGCCACAACAUAUCUGCGAAAAGGUGAUAAAUUUAUUGGCGGGAAGGUGGACGACCAGUGGAUCAACCCGUUGAUGGAUGCAAGCAAAGGGAAGUUGAGGAGCAGUGCUGGAAGAUUGGGACGUAACCCCACACAAUUGUAUGAGAAGCAUGGACUUGGGCCCGAUUCAUCCUACGAGAAAGAAGCUGAGUGA